AUGGACACCGGACUAAGCAGGGGCUAUUCCAGAGGUGGUAGAAGAGGCCGAGGAUAUAGACGCGGACGCUUUAGAGGCCGUGGAUCUCGUAAUCACUACUUUGAACCUCACCAAGCCCAAUUUAAUGAAGGAGAAGAACAUUAUCAAGAACAAUAUGAAUCAUCCCAGAAAGAUGAUUCAUAUAGAAGCUCUACCCAGCACUACAAUGAACACCCAAGAGGAAGAGGUAGAGGAAGAGGAAGAUAUAGAGGGGGAUACAGAAAUGACAGAGGGGGAUACAGAAAUGACAGAGGGGGAUACAGAAACGAUAGAGGAGGAAACAGAGGUAGCUACAGAGGAAAAGGCCGUGGUGGAUAUCCUAGAGUUCCACCUCCUCUAAAUGAGCAAACAUUAGACACAAGAUCAAAAGAAUUUAAACCUCCUCAAAGAAUUCAACAUGGAGAAUAUGAAAGAAGAGAAAACACUAGUGGAAGCAACCCUCCUAUUUGCUAUGUAGAGCCUGAGGAUACUAAAGUCUACUACCAAGCAGAGGACUUCUUGAAGAAGUACGAUGGGCUCCCAGAAAAAACCGAAUAUCUUGUAAAGGAGUUAUGAGAUGGUAGUAUUCAAUGCGCCAUCUGUACAAAUGAAAUUGUCCAAAUCUCUGCCAUAUGGAACUGCAAGACUUGCUAUCAGCCCUUCCAUCUUGGAUGUAUCAGGAAAUGGAUCAAGAAGAUCAAUUCAGAAGGACCUAUCUCCCAGAUGCCAUAUGAAGAUAGAAAGGAAGAGAUAACUGCUGAAGAUGAAAACAAUGAAGGAACGAAAGUUGGACUUAGGCUCGAUGAAAAUGGGCAAGUUAUCAUAAAAGCAACUGACUUAUAUAACUGGUCAUGUCCUAACUGUACUCAUAACUAUUGUGACCCCAUGCCGAAGUACAACUGCUAUUGUGGAAAAGAUAUUAACCCAGAACAUAGCUCUUAUAGACUUCCUCACAGUUGUAAUGAAAACUGUGGAAAGAAAAAGAACAAGACUUGAGGUCAUUCAAGGUGUAAUCUUGAGUGCCAUCCUGGUGCAUGUGUUCCUUGUGAGGAAUUCGUGACCAUCUCUUGCUUCUGUGGAAAGCAAACUAAACAAGUUACUUGCCAGAUAAGAUCUCAGAACACUCAUUAUAGUUGUAGAGAUAUUUGUGGAAAGAUGCUUGGAUGCUACAAUCACAUUUGUGAAGAAGAUUGCCAUGAUGGGCCUUGACCACCUUGUCAAGUCAAAGAGAAACUUGCUUGCUAUUGUGGAAAAGAAGAAUUUGAAGUAGAGUGUGGAGUUGUUGGUGCUUCCUGUAGAAGGAUCUGUGGCAAACCACUCGACUGCGGAAAUCAUACCUGCCAGAAAACAUGUCAUAAGGGUGCCUGUGAUGAGUGAGAUUUGGCACCAGGAAAGGUCAAGCUUUGACCUUGUGGUAAAACUUUGUUGAAAUCAAUGGGAGCAUCGGAACUCAGAAAGUCGUGUUUGGAUGAUGUCCCAACAUGUAACUCUAUCUGUGGGAAGCGCUUACCUUGUGGAACACACCACUGUAAGAGCCCUUGUCAUCAGGGUCCUUGCAAUCUCUGUCAAGUACCACUCAUUGAUAUCUGUGUAUGUGGUAAGGGACAAAGAAAGAAGAAAUGCUAUGAACUAAAAUACCCAAUUCAAGAAAUCGCAAUUUUCGGUGAAGAAUUAAUGAGAGAGAUUGAAGAUCUCAGAGAACAACCAUUCAGAUGUGUUAAGAAGUGUAGUCAAAUCAAGAGCUGUAAGAAACAUAGAUGCCAAGCAUACUGUUGUCCAGCAGAAAGAGGGAAUGACCCCGACGGAGUUCAUUUAUGUGUAAACACCUGAGAUAAGCCUUUGCCAUGUGGAAUUCAUAACUGUUCUCAGUUUUGCCAUACAGGUCCUUGAGACCCUUGCUCAGUUUAUUCAAAUCAUCCUCUAUCCUGCGCUUGUGGAGCAACUGUGAUUCAGCCUCCAGUCAGAUGUGGAGAAAAACCAUACUGUUUCAGACAAUGCACAAAGAAACAUGAGGCUUGUGGACAUCCAUGCGGGCAACAAUGCCAUCCUGGUCCUUGCCCUCCAUGCACACAAGGAGUCAAAAAGCUUUGUGCUUGUGGGAAGAUUGAGCUCGAAAGCGUCAAAUGUGGUGAUCAAUCUCCAAGCUGUGGACAAAUCUGAGACGUGAAAAUGCCUUGUGGUCACCACUGCAGAAAAAUGUGUCAUGAUCAUGAAAAAUACAUGGAAGAAGGGGAAGAACAAAAAUGAAGAACUGCGACCAUAAAUGUCAAGAAAAAUGUCAUGACGACUCAGAAUGCCCAGAUGUUCCUUGUGAUGCAGAAAUCAAGAUUUACUGUAAAUGCAAGUACAGACACAUCAUUGGAAUUUGCAACAGAUUCUUUGAAGGCUAUGAAGAAGAGGAAGCUAAAGAGAUUGAAUGUAACGAGAGACGCUCAAAUAGCCAAAGCAUUCGCUAAAAAGGACGAAAAGAAACAGAAAGAGCUUAAAGCUGAUUACUACCCUGAAAUUUUGAUCGAUUUUGCUACAGAACACCUGAAAGUUGUAGUGAAAAUUGAAAGAAUUCUAGAAGAAGUUGUAAGAAACAAAGAAACUAAGAGCCUCCCAGAAAUAGAGCCAGGAAUGAGAAAAUAUAUCUGUAAUCUUGCCAAAGAGCAUUACUUCCUUGAAGUCUGCACAUAUGGAGGGCGCUUCAAGGGGCAAAAGAAGGUAACUGAUGUCUACUACAAGGAUGAAACCACUCAAGUCCCAGCUACCUUGCUCAGUGAAUAUGUUAAGCUUAUUAAGAAAGGAAUUCUAAGCAAAGAUGCUGAAGAGAGAAAGAACAAAUUAUUUGAAGCCUCAAUUAAAGUAGGUGAGCUUCCUAUCGGAAGCUCCCUAGAGGACAUCAAGAGAAAUCUGAUUGGCUUCCACUCUGAAUUUUAUACUGAAAAGAUAGGAAUUAGAGGAGGUUUUUACUUACACUUCUAUAACAUCUAUCGCGCAGAGGAAGCAUACAAGAAAAUGAGAAAUAGUGGAGCUGGAUACUCUAACAUCGACUUGAUUGACCACUCUAAGCCAGCCAAGAAGAAAUCCAAGAAGAAAAAGAAGAAGCAGAUGGAUCUUGAAGGAUUUAUGGAAGUGUAAUCCAUUUAUUUAAUUCAAUGAAAUUA